AAUGUUUUGUUCUUUUUGUAGAGAUUCCAGUGACCUUUGAACAAGUGGCCAUAUCUUUCCUCCCCAAGGAGUGAGCAUUUUGAAUCCAGAACAGUCAGCACUGCACAAGGAGGUCAUGGAGGAAACUGUUGGGGUUGGGCCUGCUCCUGCAGGUGACUGGAAGGAAAAUGAUGCCUUCGCCGACCAUGAAAAUGCUCUUACUCAGAACGUAGAGUCCCCGAAACACGAAGAAGCCCACAUGGAAGAAAAAUGUCCUGAAGAGAUGUCCUGCAUAUGCACCAGCUGUGGGAGAUGUUUUGCCCCAAACAUGAUACAUGUGUGCGACGAGAGAAUGCAGCUGGAAGAGAAUCAGGGUGGUGAACUUUUGGUGAAAGAUGUGGAUCUCAAAUUUCUCCCUGAUAGUCAUACUGCAGAGACGUCAUACAAUUGCCAGGAGGGUGGAACAUUUUCUAUUGCAGAUGCAAACUUUCUCUUCCACCCAAGAAUUAACGCAGAAGGAAUGCCAUACAUGUGCCCAGCGUGUGGGGAAAAUUGCGUUUGCGGGUCAAACCUUGCGAUCCAACAAGGAAUCCAAACAGCGGAGAAACCAUACAAAUGCCAGUGUGGAAAAUCUUUUGUUUCCAAGUCAAAGCUUUCUGUCCACCAGAGGAUCCACACAGGGGAGAAACCCUACAAAUGCGAUGAGUGUGUGAAGUGUUUUGCUUCCAAAUCAGGACUUCUGAAACACCAGAGGAUCCACACAGGAGAGAAACCGUUCCAAUGCCAAGAGUGUGAGAAAUGUUUUGCCUCCAAGUCCGACCUUGUGAUCCACCAGAGAAUCCACACAGGAGAGAAACCCUACAAAUGCCCAUACUGUGAAAAAUGUUUUGUUUCUAAGUCAAAGCUUGUGAUCCACCAGAGAAUCCACACAGGGGAGAAACCAUACAAAUGCCAGGACUGUGGCAAAUGUUAUCCUCAGUCUUCUCACCUUCACAUCCACCGGAGAGUCCACACAAGUGAGGAACUAUACAAGUGUCAGGAGUGUGGGAAAUGUUUUGCGUCCACGUCGGGGCUUGUGAUCCACCAGAGAAUUCACACAGGGGAGAAACCGUACAAAUGUCAAGAUUGUGAAAAAUGUUUUGUUUCCAAAUCCUACCUGGAGAUCCAUCAGAGAACCCACACAGGGGAGAAACCAUAUGAAUGCCAGGUGUGUCAAAAAUGCUUUGCUUCCAAAUCGGAACUUGUGAAACACCACAGAGUACACACAGGAGAGAAGCCGUACAAAUGCCAGGUGUGCGGAAAAUGUUUUGCUUCCAAAUCGGACCUUGUCAUCCACCAGAGAAUCCACACAGGAGAAAAGCCAUACAAAUGUGAGGAGUGCGGGAAAUGUUACACCCAAACUUCACACCUUCAUGUCCACCGGAAAGUCCACACCAGAGAUAAACUGUACAUAUGCCAAGAGUGUGGAAAAUGUUUUACUUCCAAGGCAGGACUUGUGAUCCACCACAGAACCCACACAGGGGAGAAACCAUACGAAUGCCAGGUGUGUGGGAAAGGCUGGAUUCGUCGGUCGGACCUCGUGGUGCACCAGAGGAUCCACACUGGUGAGAAACCGUACCAGUGCCAGGAAUGCGCGAAAUGUUUUGGUUCCAUGUCAGGGCUUAUCAAACACCAGAGAAUCCACAGGGGAAAGGAACCUGAUGCAAACAGCGUGGAAAACAUUAUACUAAAAAUCCGCAGCUUAACCUCCGCUGGAGAGGCCACACAAGAAGAGUACCACAGAAAUGCCAUGACUGUGGAAGAUGUUUUCCUUCCCACUCAGGACUUGGAAUCCACCAGAGAAUCCACACAGGAGAUAAACCAUACAAAUGCCAUGAAUAUGGCAAAUGUUUUAUUUUGAAUCCAGCAAUUAAGCAGCACCAGACAGUCUGCAUAGAAGAGAAAACAUUACAAACGCAGCUGUGUAGAAAGUGACUUUUUAAAAGAGAGCUUUUAAUGCAUCAGAGUCCACAGGAAAAACCCUGACUGAUACAUUUAUUUAGGCCCACGAGGACCAGUUAAUCAUACCAUCAUCAUUUCAUAAACCCUCCACUCAAACUUCUUUGAGAAGAUGGUAUGCAAGGCAAAAUAGCCCACUGUGAGAAGUUUUCUCUGAACACUGUAAAGUUCUUUCUAACGUUUUAUUGGAAUCCCCUUCCCUGUGCCCUGAGUUGCCCUUCAAAAACAGCCUUAAUACAGUGUUGAAAGUAAAAGAAAAAUGCUUUACUUCAGCAAACACAAAGGAUAAGCAAAUGCAGUUGAAAAAUGCAAAAGAAAGAAAGGAAGUCUUAAUGCAGACACAAAUUAAAGUCUCUUACAAAGUCCCAAAAGAAAGAGCAGUCUUCCAUCAGACAACAGGCAAUGAUCACUAAGUCCUUAGCAGCAGACAAAGCAGGUUCAAUUGGAGUGAAAACAUCGGCAUCAAAGUCGUUACCAGCGAAAGCUGACCUGCUUCUGAUUUAUAGCCCUGAAUUCCCCAUGCAGGAGGUGCUAGGGCGUCUCCCAAUUAGCUCAGCGUUUUUAGCAGCUAUUCUAGCUGAACGCCGUCUGUGCUCUGUCUCCUUUCGUCUCUCUAGAAAUGUGGGCACUUGUAAAACCUCAUCGUCUGAUUCUUCUCCCUCCAAUUCCUGAGCACUGCUCCCCUUCCUCUUCCGAAGAUGAGGAACCCCUAACACCCUGUGAGUUGAAUCCACUGGUUAGAUCCCAUUUUCCAGACAGGCAGCAAAGAAACUCAUUCUGUUUUCUGUCUCCUUGGAGGCCCCGGGAUCUGAGUUCCCUGAAAGUCACUACGUAUUCCAUUUCCACUUCUUUACCCUUUUUGGUCUGCGUCAUUUUACUGUUUCCUCCCAAGUUGAACCCUCUUUGGAAAUGUAGAUACAAAGCAUGGGAAGACCAGAUAAUCUUUCUCUGAUUAGGUCAGACUUACAUUGUGUUUCACUAAAAGCUGUUCCAAGUCACAUAAAGAAAUAACAUUUUGCAGUGAUGCAAAAGUUAGGUGGCACAAAAACAACCUUGAGAGUGAUGGCAUGAAUAUACUUUGACAUGUCAACCAA